AGAAUCCUCACUUUGUGACGUCACCUCCUUUGGGGACCAUUCGCGCAUGCGCUUCAUUCGACUUAGCAACAGGCCAAAAUACAAGUUUGUCGUGAGACUCGAAGAAUUCCAGCAAAAUGUCUGAAGUUGAGGAGAUGUUGAAGAGGAUCCAGGGCCACAAGGGGGUCAUUGGGAUCAUCGUCGUUAACUCUGAAGGUAUCCCCAUCAGGACGACCCUGGAUAACUCCACCACGGUGCAGUACGCAGGUCUGAUACACAACCUGUCCAACAAGGCCCGCAGCGUGGUACGGGAUAUCGACCCGCAGAACGACCUGACCUUCCUCCGGAUCCGCUCCAAGAAGCACGAGAUCAUGGUCGCACCAGACAAGGAGUAUAUACUGAUUUGUAUCCAGAACCCCAGCGACAAUUAACCACACCCAUGUCCACCAGCCCAACAGCACGUAGCAAGUGUACUACUGCUCCAUCAGCUACUGCAGUGAUCUAGAGAACAAGUCGUUGCAAAUUAGUGUAAAUAUUGGUUGAGUUGGAGAGUAAACAAUACAGUGUCAUUUGGUGGUAAUGACACGGCAUACUCUUUAGGUUAGGUGUUUAUUUUAGGCCUUGUAUUGUUAGGUAUUUGUAUUUCUGAAAGUUCCCUUUGUACAGCAUUCCCAAAUUGUCAUGCACCAUGGCUGGCACUUGUUUGAUUAUUUUUCUAAGCUCCAAAAUAAGGUUACUUUUGACAACAGUAGUAGUACAUAAAGCUCAGCCCUCUCUUUGCCUUGUAAGGACGGCACACAUCCUGAAUACUGAAAUUUAAAAAAAAAACUGAAUGGAGGCACUCCCAUAGACAACAGUACUCCUGUAGCUGAAGUGCACAGUUUGUUAUCACCCCCAUGAAAUAAAAUGAAUGACAUCAAUUUGGAUUUGGAUGAGAUUGAAAAUCUUGUGGUGUACUGUACUGGGGUAAGGAUUGAGCAUACUAACUGUCAAUACAGAUUCUUUCCCAA